AUGAGAAAAUAUCUUGGUCCUGAGGGGCAGGAGCCUGACGUUAAAGAGGGAGUGGGGCUCACCCAAAUCAAAGAGGAGGAGCCAGAGCUCCCUUACCAGCAAAUGCCAGAAGAGCAACUUCCAAUCAAAAAGGAGGAAGCGCUACCUUGUGUUAAAGAGGAGGACCAAGAUAUUACCGGGACGACCGGCGAGCCCUUGAAAAGCGAAGACGAAGGUACGAGCGCGGACGGCGAAGGGACGGAGCCUCUGAGCGGCAGCGGCGACAGCUCAACAGAAGGAUCCCAGGAUCCGGACAACCUCAUCGCUCCACUAUCGGAUAGCGACGACGCCACGUCGCAUUCCCCGUACGCUGACGACGAUGAGCCUGAAGGCCGUACCAAACAUCACGACGACACGCGUACGAGCGAGAAACCUUUUUCGUGCUCCGAUUGUGGUAAAAGUUUCACACAGAAGGGAAGCUUAAAAUUACACGCAAGGACCCACACCGGCGAGAAACCCUUUUCCUGCGCCGAUUGUGGCCAAAAAUUCACACAGAAGGGAAGCUUAAAAUUACACGCGAGAACCCACACUGGCGAGAAACCUUUUGUCUGCGCAAUUUGCGGGCAAAGAUUUGCUCAGAAGGGAAACUUGAACAUACACAAAAGAACCCACACGGGAGAGAAAUGGUUCUCCUGCUCAAUUUGUAGUCAGACGUUCACUCAAAGGGAAGGCUUAAAAAAUCACACGAGAACCCACACCGGCGAGAAACCUUUUUCCUGCUCGGACUGUGGCCAAGAAUUCACACAGAAGGGAAGCUUAAAAUUGCACGUGAGAACCCACACUGGCGAGAAACCUUUCUCCUGCUCAAUUUGUGGCCAAAGAUUCACGCAGAAGGGAAACUUGAAAAUACACAAAAGAACCCAUACGGGAGAGAAACGUUUCUCCUGCUCAAUUUGCAGUCAGACGUUCACCCAAAAGGAAGCCCUAAAAAAUCACACGAGAACCCACACUGGCGAGAAACCUUUCUCCUGCUCAGUUUGUGGUCAAAGAUUCAUUCAGAAGGUUAGCUUACAAGCUCACGAAAGAACCCACACUGGCGAGAAGCCUUUCUUCUGCUCGGUUUGUGGCCAAAGAUUCAGCCACAAGAACGCCCUAAAUAAACACGCUAGAACCCACACCGGUGAGAAACCUUUCCUCUGCUCAAUUUGUGGCCAAAGCUUCACAGAAAAGAAAAACCUAAAAAUACACGCGAGAACCCACACUGGUGAGAAACCCUAUCCCUGCUCGGAUUGUGGCCAAAGUUUCACUCAGAAGGGAAGCUUAAAAAUACACGCGAGAACCCACACUGGCGAGAAACCUUUCUCCUGCUCGGAUUGUGGCCAAAGAUUCGCUCAGAAGGGAAACUUGACAAAGCACUCGAGAACCCACAAUGGCCAUCGGACUUAUUCCUGCUCAGACUGUGGGCAAAUAUUCAGCCAGAAGGGAAAUUUCCAACAACAUGUGAGGACGCAUACGGGUGAAAAACCUUUUUCUUGUUCGGCGUGUGAUGAAAGAUUCUCUUGGAAGGGUCAACUUAAGAGGCACGUGUGUGUGUGA